AGAGCCGGGACAAUGAGACCAUAGAGUGGGAGAUUGGGGGGGCUGGAUGGGAGGUGGGUAGUGCCGCUCCUUCCGCCAAACUCUAUGGUGCCGGGCCCGGGAGCAGCAGCGCGAGGCGCUCUGCCUCGGCCCAGCCAUGGACGUGAAGGCAGAAGCACCCCAGCUGGAGUACAUCGCCGUCUCGCUGAAGUGCGAGGCAGAGGAGCCAGUGCCAAUUGCAGCCUGUGCCCGACUCUGUGCCCCUCUGGGCGACCUCGCUCCCGCGGUCAAGCUGGAAGAGGCUGACAAGGAGCCUCUAGACAGAGGAGGAGCACGAGCAGAGGCAGGGCCUAGUAGGUCCUGGCAGCAGGAGUACCUAGUGGGAGACUGUCCGGGGCGCGGCGGGGCCGUGUGCAUGGUCUGUGGCACCUUCCUGGGCACCUGUGGGCCGAGCGCUGCCCAGGAGCAUGUUCUGCAGCAUCAUGCCCACUCAUUGGGCCUUAGCCCAGAGGAGAAGCGCAACAUUCUAGAGGCCUGGAGCCAGGGGGGCAACCUGCCUGAGGGGGCACCCCCACCUUGCACCCCAGGUCAGCACCAUGGGGCCAGGGAACCAGCGGAGAUCGAGGUUCUAAUUGAUUCAGAGGAGCAGACAGUGACCCGGAAACGUGGGCAGCCCAGAGGGCGCCCUGCCCCCCAGCCAGAUGCUAGGGCCCUGGAGCCUGGGCAGCGCCUGCGGGGCCAGAGGAGACGACAGAGUGUGGGACCUGUGGAGGGUGUGGCACUGCCAGCCAGGGAGCGGAGGAGCAAGCAGCUGAGGGAGGGACAGGACACGGGCACCGAGAGUCCAGGGACAAUGUCCCACUCAGAGGAGGCUGCCCCCAGUUCGGCACCCCCUGAAAUUUGCCUCUUCACUGAUGGUUCCUUCCCAGCUGGAUUCACACUCAGGUUGUACUGCAGACCCCAGCCAGCCUCUGGAGGGAGAGAACUAAGGAAGAAUCCAGGCAUCCGGGAACAGAAGAGCCCUGGGGACAGGGGCAAAGCCCAGGCACUGGGGAAGAGACAGAAGCAGCAAGGCAAAGCAGGGACUGUGAGACAGGGUGCAGGGAACCAAGUUGGCAGCUGCCCCAUCUCUGCACUGCCCAGCCAGGAUCUAGACCCAGGAGUCCACCGCCUCCGCCGCAAGGGCUACUCUCACCAAGGCAUCACCCGGCGUCUCCGCCUGAGCCCCAGUGCUGUCCACUGCACCCUGCAGAGCUGGCCAGCAAGGGGCAAGGCUCCACCAGCACCUCCCCCAUCUCAGGCCAAGCCCUUUGACCCGGCUUGGCGCGCUGACUUCCUGAUGGACUACGAUGCUGGCGCCGGCACCAUGGUGUGUAUGGUCUGCGAGUACUCGUUGCUGCCCAUUCGCCUGGGCACUGUCAUGCUGGACUUCAGCAAAGCAGCACCCAGAGCCAAGAGGCCACGGGAACAACAGGUCAUGGGGAACCCCUCCCCCUAA